AGCGAAAGACAAGGUUAAAAGCAAAGAAAAAUCAAAAUCAAAGAAAACAGGAGAGAAGGCAAAAUCACCUAAAAAGAUGGCGCCGGUUCAGGUUAAGAUAACAGCUUUGAAAAAAGCCUCUCCGAAGAAGACUCCCAAAAAAGAAAAACCCAAACCAGUAGAUGAUUCAUCCUCUGAUGAAGAACCAUUAGCAAAGAAAUCAAAGAAGCAGCCUCCAACAAAUAAUGAACUUGAGAAAAUUGUGAAGGAUCUUCUAGAUGGAGCUGAUCUUGAACAGGUGACGAUGAAGAGUGUGUGUAAACAGGUGUACGAUAUGUUUCCAGAACAUGACCUAACCUCUAGGAAGGAUUUUAUCAAAGACACAGUAAGAAAGGUCAUAUCAUGAGAACAACAAAAUACGACAAAAAAUAAACGUUAACCAGUUCCAACCUUUUUACCAUUUCACAAGUCACACCCAUGAACACUGUGUUUUUAAAACUUUUUUUUUCAGCAAAACGUAUCAUACCUUGUUAUUUAGACUGUACAUUAAUCUAUUACUUUGCAAUAGACAGUGUUCCAAGACAAUCAUGUUUUUUUAAACCUAUUGCAACAUUGUAGUUUUUAGAAUCCAGUUUCGUUUCCACUUGGACUAUGGUUGGUUAAAUAGGAGAAAGGAGCUGUUUAAUUCUGCAAUUAAACAGUUGCAUUUCCUCUUAUUUCUUUCCAAAAGCUUGAGUUAAGACAUUGUAAAGUAUGUAUCUAUUGUUUAGAGGAAAAGUGAAAAAACAGAUUCAAUGUCUCUACUGAAAUCUAGACUUUUUCCUAUUUUAAAAGGAGACAGUAAUUUGCACUUGUAAUUAUUUUACCCAUGUCACCCUAUUUGCAACACAGAGCCACUGUCUAUACAUCUAACUUAUGUGUGCACUAUGUUACUGAAUCAAUAAUAUCAAAAGACUGAUUCAAGGAACAGAUGGAAAAGUAUUUUACUGGGAAACCAAACCAAUUCAGAUCAUGUGUACUAAAGGCAUCCGCAGAUGAGUAUCGAUCAAUGCCAUCAAUCAACCCUGGAUUGACAUCUCUAUCAACAGUUGAUCCACAUCUCAAUUGAUACGCGAUCAACAUUCGAUCGACAUCUCCACCGAUUCUCGGUCAACACUCAAUCAACACCUCAGUUGACAGUCAGUCAAGAGUCGACUAAUUAUCGCAGACAUCAACAAGUGCUGAUCGAUUCACAUGAGUUGGUCAACACAUGGCCAACUAAUGACCCACUGUCGAUCAGAUGUUGAUUGAGCUGUCAAUCAAGUGUUGGCCUAGUGUCAAUCAGGCAUCGAUUGAGAUGUUGAUUGGGUGUCGCUCGAGUGUCAAUCAACACUUGACCACAGAUGCCUUUAGUACACAUGAUCCACCAAAUCAACCGAUAAGUUUGUUGUCAAUCAAUCAAGACCUUUGUUUUCCAGUCAAAAAAACUGGAUGAAAACCCUAACUGAAAUCUAAUUGAACAUCACCGAAGACUCGUGUAAUUGUAGUGGCUAGGUUUAGAAAUCAUUUAUAACCAAUACAUACUUUAAGACAAGUAAUUUAUUCAGGUAUCGUGUAAUGCCCGCCUGUUGACGCAUAGCCUGUAUAAUACUAGACGUGUUUUAUUUUCUAUAGUUAGCUAGUGUAGUUAGUUUUGACAGUUAUGCAUGAGUUCCAUCUUACCAUCAAUGUAUCUUGAUUUAUUUUAAAUCAAUAAAGUAAAAUUUCUAUGAUUAAA